AAAAUACUGCGUGCGACUGUGGGUGACUUUUCCUUUUAAACCCCAACCCCUCUUCUCUCGACGUACAUCACCCAGUCCUCUUUCUAGGGUUUUAGACGGUGCCUUUGCUUUGCCUUCUCUCUUUGAUAGAGAGAGAUCUCUGCAGUAACACGCCCGAUCUUCUCCUCCUCCUCUUCGCUCUUCUUCUGUCCAUGCGCCUGUAGGAAAAACCCACCCGGAGAGACCCGACAAGGAACGUUGCAGUAGAUGGCUUCUUCUUACUCCGGGCCGGUGACGGCGAUGCAGGUCGGCUCGUAUUUCGUGGGGCAGUACUAUCAGGUGCUUAAGGAGCACCCUGAUUUGGCGCAUCAGUUCUACACCGAGUCGAGCGCCAUGGUUCGUGUCGAUGGGGAUAGCAGCGAGGCCGCUUCCUCGAUGCUGGAAAUCCACGCACUUCUCAUGUCGCUGAAUUUAACCGCUAUUGAGGUCAAGACGAUCAACUCUCUCGAGUCUUGGAAUGGGGGAAUUGUGGUCGUGGUAUCAGGUUUAGUUAAAACGAAGGAUUUCCACAGUAAGAGGAAGUUUGUGCAGAACUUUUUCCUUGCACCUCAGGAGAAGGGUUAUUUUGUCCUCAACGAUAUCUUUCAGUUCUUCGAGGAGGAACCUAUUUAUCAGCACCCCGCAACCAUGAUGCCCGAGGACAAAGUCAAGAUGCAGUUAAAUGCACCUAACUCUCUCCCUGAGCCACCAGUUUCUAACUAUGUCUUGGAGGAGGAGGCUAGUGAUUAUGUUAACUCCGUAAAUAUUGAAGAUAACUCAAUCGAUGAGUAUGGUCAAGAAAACCUGCGUGAUGAGUAUAAUCAGGAGAAUCCAGUUGAUGAGUACAAUAUUCCUGAGCAGCACCAGUAUGAAGAGGUUGAGCCGGAACCUGUUUUGGAGAAUGCUUAUAAAGAGUGUAGAUCUGUCCCUGUGCAAACUUUGAACACAGUGCCGGUAACCCAAGAUGCCACUGCAGAUGAGCCUGUGGAAGAGCCCACGAAGAAAACUUAUGCUUCUAUUUUGCGAGUUGCCAAAGGACCAUUUGUAUCAGCUGUCUCUUCUCAGCCAUCUGUGAACAAGCAAGUCCCUGUGUCAUCAGACUGGAGUUAUGUGCCACAGCCUGGUGCACAACAGUCUAACUCAGCAGCAUUUGUCGAGCCUGAGCCUGUUGUUGAGGCAGCAGAAGAUGGUUACAUGGAAGAUGAAGGACUAUCAAAAUCUGUCUACGUGAGAAAUUUGCCAUCAACAGUUGCUGAAGGUGAAAUUGCUGAAGUAUUCAAGAAUUUUGGCAAAAUAAGACCAGAUGGUGUUGCUAUCAAAUUGCGGAAGGAAAUUGGUGUCUGCUAUGCUUUUGUUGAGUUUGAAGACAUGGUUGGUGUGCACAAUGCAAUAAAGAAUUCUCCAGUACAGUUGGCUGGAAGGUCAGUUUACAUUGAGGAGAGGCGGGCAAACAGCACGGGUGCUGCUAGGGGAGGAAGGAGGGGAAGAGGCAGAGGCGGGUACCCUACAGAAGCCCAGAGGGGUCGUUUUGGUGCACAGAGCUUAAGCCGUGGAAGCAACCUUGACAGCACUGACUACAGCCGCUCAAGAGGCAAUGGGUCCUAUGUGCGCGGUUCCUGAUAAAAUGACCUGAAAACCCGAGAAGAUCGUGUCGUUUGGGGCCUGGACCAAAAAAGUUCUCUUAGGUUGCCCGAUAAGACAAGGGAUUCUAGCAUCUCUAUUCUGUGUUUUGGGGUGAUAUCAGUGUUUGCUUCUUACUGAGGAGUUUUAUUUUUGCCGAGGUGUGAUUUCGAACUUGUUGGAUCAUCACAAGGUAAAAGCUUGUAGUGUUCUUUUUUGCCCUUAAGGUUGUGCUGAGCUCUCUCUUGGAUCGUUCUUUUUUGUUUCUCAAUUCAAGAGGGAAAUAUUUUUGCCAUUCGAA